AGAUCUCAGCAGAGCUACAGCAAAGAGGAAAUCCAUGCAGUCCUUCUCGAGAGUUGCUUUUCAGGAGGAUCCAACUUGGGGCACUACAGCAGGUAACUGUAGUUUCUCUGAGAGCAGCAGAGUUUAAGCUCCCUCUUUUCAUGAGUUGCUUCUGCAGUGUAGCCAGAUGCUGAGUCUAUGUGUAGUUGAACACAGUGUCCUCCCCACCCCCAAUGUGCCUCAUUCAUUCAACUUUCAAGAUAAUUUUGGAAAUACAAACAAGAGAAAAUUCACAGCCUGAGAGGUUUUGCAUUGGCAGUAUAAUUCAUUUAAUACAUCUUAAUACUUCACAGAGGAUUGGGGAAGCCAAUUAAAAAAAUAAUUGCAUGAAUUGAAACUAUUGGAAUUGCAUAACUGCUUCAGAAAUAUUGUGUCUUUAGUACAGGUUUUUCCAUGAAAAAGCCUCAAAGUCACCACUAAAUGACUGCAUCAGUAAGAAUGUUCAAGUGUUUCAAGGGUUAUUUCUAACAUUUUGAGAUAAGGAAGAUAAGAAAUGCCCACAACAAUGGUAGUUGUUGUGUCCUGUUUUGUAAAGAAUGUAGAAUUUGCUCCUGAAGUCAAGUGAGCCAGUGGCUUCUGUUUCCCAAAUCCUUGCUGACUUAUUGCAACCCAGUCUGAGGCUCUCCAAGGAGUGCUAUUGCAAUUCAACAACAUCUUUAGUGCAUUUAGAGCACCAGUUAUUAGGGAGAUGGGAACUGGAGCAGUUUCUUUCCUGUAAGACUGCUCAUUAUGUUUCUUGCAAAGCUCUUUUGUGCACUAAAGAAAAAAUGCAUGUCUUUUCUGGGAUUGUCUUUUAAAGAAUAUUCUCAUUCUAGGGCUCUAAACCCUUUGAGGAGAUCACUGUGGAUUUCACAGAAGAGGAGUGGGACUUGCUGGAUUCUGGCCAGAGAGCCUUAUGUAGAGAAGUCAUGUUGGAUGCUUUUAGGAAUAUGUCUGCCCUGGGUGACCCAAUGGAGAAGGAGAAGCAGGAGAGGCUAAUGCCGCUGCAAACAUUAAAUUAUGAAGUAGAAGUGAUGUUUGGCCAUCAAAGGAAUCAAAAAACAAAAGAAAGAAGCCAUUCAGAAGGUGGAGAGGAAAAGAUCUCCACAUUGCAUUCCUUUUCUCUUACUUUACGUAAGAACCUUUUUAGGAAACACAAGGCACAUACCAUUGUGAAAUUGGGGAAGGUUUCCGGUCUAAAAAAAAAGACUAAAAUAUGCACAAAGUAUGGAAAUAACUUUAGUAGUAAGAGUAGUCUUAAUGGCCAUCAAAGGAUCCAAAAAGGGGAGAGAAUUUACCAACGCCUGGAUUAUGGAAAGAGCUUUUUUGACAAUAAAGUCCUUACUCAUCGGCAAUGGAUUCAUACAGGGGAUAAAUCAUAUAAAUGCUUGGAGUGUGGAAAGAGCUUCCAUUUCAGGAGUAGUAUUUAUCGCCAUGAGAGGAUCCAUAGAGGGGAGAAAAAACUUAGUUGCAAGGAGUGUGGAAAGAGAUUUUUUGACAAUAGAUCUCUUACUACCCAUCAAAGAAUCCACCUUGGGGAGAGACCAUAUACAUGUCUGGAGUGUGGAAAGAGCUUUUUUGACAACAAGGUCCUUACUUGUCACCAAUGGAUCCAUACAGAGAAUAAACCAUAUAAAUGCUUUGAGUGUGGAAAGAGUUUUAUUCAGAAAGGACAACUUAAUUCUCAUAAAAGGAUGCACACAGGGGAGAGACCGUAUAAAUGCAGAGUGUGUGGAAAGAGCUUCCGUUUGAAAAGUUAUCUUAACCACCAUGAGAGAAUCCACAGAGUGGAGAAAAAACAUGUCUGCAGCGAGUGUGGAAGGAGAUUCUUAGAAAAAAGAAUUCUUACUAUCCAUCAAAGGAUCCACACAGGGGAGAGACCUUAUAAAUGCAUGGAUUGUGGAAAGAGCUUUAUUUUGAAAGGAAAACUUAAUUCUCAUAAAAGAAUUCAUACUGGGGAAAGGCCAUAUAAAUGCUUGGAGUGUGACAAGAGCUUUUUUGACAACCAGGUACUUACUCAUCAUCAAAGGAUUCAUACAGGGGAUAAACCAUAUAAGUGCCUAGUUUGUGGAAAGUGCUUUAUUGAGAAAGGAAAACUUAAUUAUCAUAAUAGAAUCCACACAGGGGAGAAACCCUAUAAAUGCAUAAUGUGUGGAAAGCAAUUUACUCAGAAAGAAAAUCUUACUAAUCAUGAAAGAAUCCAUACAGGAGAAAAACCAUAUAAAUGCACAGAGUGUGGAAAAAACUUCCGUAGCAAGCCUAGUCUUAAUAGCCAUCAAAGGAGCCACAUGGCUGAGAAACCAUAUAGUUGUGAGGAAUGUGGAAAGUCCUUUGAUUUAAUAGGAAAACUUAAUUCUCAUAAAAGGAUUCACACAGGAGAGAAACCUUAUGAAUGCACACAGUGUGGAAAGAGCUUUACUCAGAAACAACUACUUAAUGCUCAUCAAAGGCUCCACUCAGGAGAGAGACUGUAUAAAUGCACAGAGUGUGGAAGGAGCUUCAGAACAAACACGCAUCUAGCUCGACACUUAAAGAUUCACACGGGGGAUAAACCAUAUAAAUGCCUGGAGUGUGGAAAGAGCUUUAUUCAGAAAGGACAGCUUAAUUCUCAUAAAAGAUUUCACACAGGAGAGAGACCCUAUAAAUGUAUGGAGUGUGGAAAGAGCUUUUUUGAGAAUAAAGUGCUUACUUGUCACCAAAAGAUCCAUACAGGGAAUAAACCAUUUAAAUGCACAGAGUGUGGAAAGAGCUUCAUUCAGAAAGGACAACUUAGUUCUCAUAAAAGAAUCCACUCAGGGGAGAAACCUUAUAAAUGCCUGGAAUGUGGAAACAGCUUUGUUCAGAAAGGACAGCUUAAUUCUCAUAAAAGAAUCCACACAGGGGAGAAACCAUAUAAAUGCACAGAGUGUGGAAAGAGCUUUUGUUUCAAAAGUUCUCUUAAUUGCCAUAAGAGGAUCCACACAAGAGAGAAACAACAUUGCUGUGGGAAGUGUGGAAAGAGAUUCAUUGAGAAGAGAGCCCUUACUAUCCAUCAGAGGAUCCACGUUGUAUAAAUGCCUGGUGUGGAAACAGUUACUCACAUAGGACAAUUUAAUUCUCCUAAAAGAAACAAUACUAUGGAGAGACCAUACACAAUAGUUCUUGACUUAACCGUUGACUUAGUGACUGUUCAAAGUUGCA